AUGCCUUUCAAGAAUGGGGAGAUGGCGGUGCAGGAGCUGGGCUCCAGUCCAUACAAGAACCGUGAUGAUGCAGACAUGGCGAAGCAUGGCAAGAAGCAGCAGUUCCAGAGGAACUGGGGCUUCUUGUCCAUGCUGGGCUUCACGACUACCAUGAUGUGCACCUGGGAGGCGGUACUUCUUGCCAAUCCCUCCGCAAUGGUCGACGGCGGUCCCGCAACCCUCGUAUACGGAUACAUCUUUUGUUGGAUAGGCGCCCUGGUGACAGCUGCCUCGCUGGCUGAAAUGGCUUCAAUGGCCCCUACCUCCGCCGGACAAUACCACUGGGUGGCCAUGCUUGCUCCCGAAGGCCAAAAGGUCUUCCUCAGUUGGGUGACAGGAUGGGUGGACCUGAUCGGAUGGUGGGCGAAUACGGCUUCGGGCGUCUACUUCAGUGCGACAGUCACCCAGGGCCUGCUGGUGCUGAACUAUCCCCACUAUGACUUCCAACGGUGGGAGGGGACCUUGCUCAUGUGGGCCGCAUUGAUUAUUUGCGUGUUGGUCAAUUCCAUUGGAGCCAAGCUGCUCCCCAAGAUCGAGGGGCUGAUUCUGAUCCUCCACACCAUGGGGUUCUUUGCUAUCCUGAUUCCCCUUGUCUACUUGGCUCCUCACAAGGACGCUGAAUUCGUCUUUGGAACAUUCAUCAACAGCUCUGGCUGGCAGAACGCAGGUCUUACCUGGCUCAUCGGACUGAUGGGCACGAAUCUUCCAUUCAUCGGCUACGAUGGUCCCUGUCACAUGGCCACUAACAGCCCCAAAGCCGAAGAAGUUGUCAACGCCUCCGUCAUCGUCCCCUGGUGCAUGAUCGCCACGAUUCUCUUGAACGGUGCACUUGGCUUUGCCAUCGUCCUCGCCUUCCUGUUUUGCAUUGGAAAUCUCGAGGCGGCUUUGGACAGCGCAACUGGCUACGACUUCAUCGAGGUGUUCUUUGCCGCCACCAAGUCCCAUGCCGGGACCUCCGUCAUGGCUGCCAUCCCCAUUGCCCUGACCAUCUGCGCGUCCUUUGGCUUCCUCGCCUCCUCAUCGCGUCUCACCUGGGCUUUCGCCAGAGACAAGGGGGUGCCCUUCUCAAACUACCUCUCCCGAGUCAGCCCCAAAUCCGCCAUCCCGCUCCGCGCAGUCGGCAUGUGCGCGUUCAUGACAGCCAUCACCUGCAUCAUCAACAUCGGAUCCAGCGCGGCGUUCAACGCGAUGAUCUCACUGACCACCGCGGGUCUCUUCUCCUCGUACGAAAUCGCCAUCGUGCUCAUCACGCUGAAGAAGAUCAAGGGCGAACCCAUCCCCUACGGCCCGUGGGCCAUGGGCCGCUGGGGCAUCCUCGUCAACAUCGCCUCGAUCUGUUUCUUGACCAUCACCAUCGUCUUUUCGUUCUUCCCCGAAGAACUCCCCGUCACUGCAACCAACAUGAACUGGUCGGUGGUUGUGUUUUUCGGUGAGUUCUUCCUCGGUUUCGGGUGGUAUAUUGUCCGCGGCAGAAAAUCGUAUAAUGGACCGAUUGUGGAGACGGGGUUUACGAGUGCGGAUGAGGGGUCGAAUGUGGAUUCCCAGUAGAGAGAGGUUUCGUUUCAUUUCAG